CGGAGCCAGCCAGGGGCACGGCGCUGCCCGCCAAGAAGGAUCUCAGCGCCCAGGAAUGGAGCGUGGGCGCGGCUGGGAGUGAGCGCCCACCCGGGAGCCUGCGAGCCCACGGCGGCGGAUGCUGGGGCUGGCAGGCCCGCUUCCAAGAGGGUUUUCCAGGGACAGCUGGAGCUGCCGGCAGGGUCAGGAUGUGACAUCACUGACCGGAGAAAAACCCUCUGCCCCGGCUUCUCUAACGAAACCCCCGUGAGCGCUGGGGCGAGGCGGUUCUCCCUGCCGCUGUUGCUGCUGCGAUCCCCAAACUGCCAGCAGUCCCCACAGAGAGCCUGCCUUGGACUUUGCAUCUUUUUAAUUUUUUUUUUCCUUUUCCUGAAUAGGAGCACAAAGUGCAGGGGAGGAAUUUGAGAGUGGAAGCCGCCGUGCCGGGGGAUGAGCUCGCAGGCCUGGAGCUCCCGGUUCUUGGAAUUACGGCUCUGACAACGGAGUAAUCACCCUUGGGACUGAACCAGAGCUGUUGGACACCACUGAGGCCAUUGGACACUUCUUUUCAGGGCUCACAGCAAGUUACUGCUAGUAGCAGUGAGAUCUCGGGUCCCAGGAAUGAGAAACCUCCAUCCCUGAAGAUCCCAGCCCUGGGUUUCAUGUUGCUCUGAGCCUCUGCCCUCACCCUGGCUGGCCCUGCCCACAAUGGCCCUGUGUCUCAAGCAAGUCUUCAACAAAGACAAAACGUUCCGUCCCCGGAAGAAGUUUGAGCCGGGCACGCAGCGCUUUGAGCUGUACAAGAAAGCCCAGGCCUCCCUCAAGUCCGGGCUGGACCUGAAGGCAGUGGUGCAGCUGCCUCCUGGCGAGAGCAUCAACGACUGGAUCGCCGUGCACGUGGUGGAUUUCUUCAACCGCAUCAACCUCAUCUAUGGCACCAUGUCCGAGUACUGCACCGAGAGGAGCUGCCCCAUCAUGUCCGGCGGGCUCAAGUACGAGUACAGGUGGCAGGAUGACAGCAAGUACAAGAAGCCCACCAAGCUGUCGGCCCCACAGUACAUGUGCAUGCUGAUGGACUGGAUCGAGAUGCUCAUUAACAAUGAGGAUGUCUUCCCCACCAGGAUAGGUGUUCCCUUCCCCAAGCAGUUCCAGCAAGUUUGCACCAAGAUCCUCACCCGCCUCUUCCGUGUCUUCGUCCAUGUCUACAUCCACCACUUUGACAGCAUCAUCAACAUGGGUGCUGAGGCUCACGUCAACACCUGCUACAAGCACUUCUACUAUUUCAUCAGGGAGUUCAGCCUCAUUGACCACAGGGAGCUGGAGCCUUUGAAAGAAAUGACAGAACGAAUUUGCCACUGAAGUCUUCUGGCAGAUGAACUCAGCUGGCUCACUCAGAGCCCAGUGGGACAAGACAGACCUGUGGUGGGAGACCUCUUCCCUAGGACUUGCUCUGGGCAUUCCAGUUCACUGACCUAUGAACACUGCAGAAGUGCCUCUUCAAGCCAGGGCUGAAUCCUAAGUUUUCCAAGAGCCUCUGGGCAGUAUUUUCUUCUUUUAAUAGAUACCAAUCCCUGUUGUAUGGUUCCUGUUUUAGAAAGUACUGACUUACUGGAGAAUAAGGCAAGGUGGUUUACUUUUGCACAGUCUGAUUUCUAAGACUCGAUCUGGCAUCAAAUUUUCAGCAACUUUCCCUCUUGUUUUGUCCUCAGUUACAUUGAUCUCCAGAUAUUUCAUUUUCAAUUCCUGCCCUGUGAGCAGGUAUGACCUUGGCUACCAGGUGUUAUCUUUCCCACAGGCAGUGGGUUUGUGGAAACACCUGAGAUCAGCCCUGCAGAGCUGCUGGCAUUUCAUCCCACUGCCUUCACAUGGUUAGUUGUUGAUGUGCUGUUUUUAACCAUGAGCUGUGAAUGUCUCCUAAUUCAUGCUUUACCAAAGGGACCAUUUUUCCCUUCAAGGGAUUUUUCACAUUUGGAAAAGGGACUUGAUGAUGUUCUAAGAUGCAUUCAAUACUGCUUGGACUAAUGGGAAGUGCCCCCAUGACCGAGGAGGUGAACAAGGUCACUAUUCAGUGUCAUCAGCACACACUACCCGAGAAAGUCUCAAAAACUGACAGAAAGAGACUCUUGCCAGAAAACGACAUUUUCAACACGUCAGCAUUUCCUGAGGUGUUGUCUUGGCUCAAGAUGGGCAAAUGCUGGUUAUAGACACUGUUGGUUUUCCAUAACCAAACCUUCCAGCAGGUGAAGAAGGACUCAUAAGAGAUAUCUUCACUACUCUGCACUCAAGGUCCCCUUCCAACCGAAUAUUCUGUGAUUCUUAAACCUUUUUGACCAUCUGCAAGCAUAAUAUUGCUUCCUGGUCUGUGCCAUUACUCCCCUGAAAGGUAUCAUGUCUCAAAAUUUCCUCCCCUUCUGCUUGCAGUGUCUGAUAAUUAGUGUUGUGUUCCCUGUGCCAUUUUAAUUUUGACAAAAAUAUUUCUAUUUUCCUUUUUUAUUGUUUUGGGGGAGUGAAAAUCAAUUUGUCUGAGCCACAGAAUUGUUAUGUUUGUGUUUCCUGUUCUUUUUCUGGGAAAGUUUUCUGUAUCUGACACAGAUAAUAUUUAUAGUCUGGGGUUUGCCCACUUUUGGGAUAGGGAGGGGAUGUGGCUAGAAAAUGUAAAUGUUUAGGCCAACAUUAAUGUGCACAAGUGAAUUCUUAGUGCUCAAAGCACUUAUUUUGUUGUGAAAAUAUUUUUUUAAAUCUUGUGUACCAGAUGUAUAUUUUUACAUGGUAAUAAAACAGAGCAAA